UGCUGGUGCUGCACAUCAGAGCGUUGACGAUCGAUUGCUUCUGGCUGCCAUUUUCUUUCACGAGGAAGGAGCUGUUUCUGUUUGCAGCUAGCACAAGUGCUGAUGUUUGCUAGUCGCAGCUCGCUAGAUUUAAACCAGGAAAAUGAACGACACACAAAGCAGAGAGGUGUUUGAGGCCAUUACGGUGCACAAUUUUUCGGAGAGGAUUUUGGAGCAGGUCAUACACUUUCACGUGAUGAAGCUGAGCGGCGGGUUCUUCCUCUGGGUCGGUUCGAGUCCGGUUCUGUCAAACCUGGCGGUCUCAAUCAGCAGCAAAUAUGAUUCGAUGCCUUUAUCUACAUUAGUCAUGGGGGACCCAUCCAAUACUGCUUCAAAUUCCUUGGCGCAGAGAUUAGCAAAGAAGACCAAAAAGCAAGUGUAUGUGAGUUACAGUCUCCCAAUGACAGACACCAACUUCAGUCUUUUGGUGGAGAACAGGAUCAAAAAGGAGCUGGAGCUUCACCCUGAACACUUUUGAACUCUUGAUCUCUUGUUUUGUGCAGCACUGAGGACAUGUUGGAAGAAGGGCAACAUAAAGUAACAAAGGCUUCUCCGUCUUCUUCUUCUUUGGACUUACAUACUCGCUCCGAUACUGUAAUUGUACUCCAACACAAUAACCACAAAGGGUCACAUCAAGUGUUCUUUUAUUGACAUAAUAAAUUAAGUGGUUUAUUAUCAAAACAUGUAGGCCUAUGGCUUUUUGUACAAAUGCAUCAUAUUAAAAAAAUAACACUUAGAAAACAGCA